CGCGUCGAUUUCGCACCUGCGCAAUUGGCAACGUACACACGACACGAUCACGCUUGUCCACGUCCCGAACCUCGAAACUGCUCGAAACGAGACGAGCGUUCCUGUCCUCCGCCGUCACGUCCGUAUAUUUGCUCACGAUGAACGCGUGGACGCAAUACUUCAAAUCCAUCCCGACGCACAUGGAUUACGAUGGUCAAGCCAGAGCAGAGAAAUUGUCGCGGGUCAUAAUAACGUUGUUCGGGGUAGUUGGCUUAAUUUGGGGAUACGUUAUUCAACAAUUUUCUCAAACGAUCUAUAUUCUGGGCGCCGGUUUCGUGAUGGCGGCGUUGAUCACUGUACCUCCAUGGCCUAUGUAUCGUCGCAAACCAUUGGAAUGGCAAAAGCCACAGUCCGAAGUUACCACAAAGCAAAAGAAGAAGAAAUAAUUUUGCUGCACUUAUUUAUAAUACCUCACACGAAAUGAAGUUUAACAUAAUGAAAUUUCGUGCAAUCUUCAAUGGCACAAAUUCGACUGCCGAUUGUGCAAAACUAUGCAUUUGUUUCCAUGCAAUUAUGAGAUACAAAUGUGUUUAAUGUGUGAAUGCAAGUGUACGUCCACAGUAUGAGUGUUUAUUUUAGGUUUCUUUUGUAAGAUACGUGUAUUAUCUAUACUUAAAUAUUCGUUGGCUGUAUAAAUGUGAAUUACGAAUAAAAAUAACACUGUAGCAUAAAAAUAGAUUUAUGAACUUGCACAAUUACCUUGUGACCUACAAACUGAGGUAAUUUUUUAACAGUCAGCUGAGAUAAGAUUUUUAUGCCAGCUCGAAUGAUUUUUAAAGGAAUAAACUAUAAAUCUGUUAUUGAUCAAUUAAA